GUACACUGAAAUUGCUGCGACCCAAGUGGGUUAUUUGAGUAAUAUUCCCCAGAGAAUAUCCAGAGGAAGAAUGUCGAACAGGACCCCAGUUUUCCCCAUGCCUGCAUCGCAGCAUUUCAGUGAUUACGGAUUCGAUCCUCAGAUCGACUAUUUCCAGGUUCUGGAAGAAGGCAGGAAUCACAAAAGAGAAACAUCUGCGAGAUCCUCCAUUGAUGCUCUUCACUUCAAACUCCAGAAACCCAUUUCGAAAGACGACCCGACCCGAUCCGUUCUCCACAUGAAGAAGAAGAAGAAGAAACAGUGGAGGUGGAAGAACGCUCUCCUCUUCCUCAAGUGGCGGAGAUGGCCAUCUACCGCCUCCUCCUCCGUCGGACGCCGCCGCCACCACCACGCCGCCGCUGUAUCCAUGGCCAGGGAAAUGGAGCUCGACCUCGGCGACGUUCACCGGGCGAGGGCGUUUCGGGCCUCCGGUUCCUUGUCGGGUCCGGUUUACGCGGCGGAGAUCUGGUCCGGUUCGAGUACGCCGUACCGGUCGACGGAGAGGAGGCCAUCGUCGGGGCCCCUGGCCGGAAUCCUGACGCCGGCGAGGAUCCCCUAUCAGAGUCUACGGGAGCUUAAUAUGGGAGAGCAACACAGGAUCUCUACCUCCUCCGCCAAGCCCAUUUACUUGGUCACAUAAAAAGUUCAAAUAUUAAAUCAUUAUUAUUAAAUUAUCAAUUAGGAAAGCUACAUAAAUUCAUGGCUUUUAUAUAUACACUCCUCUUUUUCGGGGGCAUAUUCAUUCAUGAUUAUUCAGCCAAAAAGCUUAUGUUCUCUACA